ACACUGCCACCCCCUCCCUCCUUCUCUCUUUACAAAUGUUACAACACAAUCAGAAAUUGCCUCUGUUCUUUCCUUCCUGCAUCUCCAGCAGGUUCCCUUGCGUCAGAAGCCGAGGAAGAAAACUCAAGGUUUUUUCACCAUGAGUCGGAGGAGGAUAUCGUGUAAAGAUCUGGGCCAUGCUGACUGCCAGGGUUGGCUGUACAAGAAAAAGGAAAAGGGAACUUUUCUAAGCAACAAAUGGAAAAAGUUCUGGGUGGUACUGAAGGGGUCGUCGCUGUACUGGUACAGCAACCAAAUGGCAGAAAAAGCUGAUGGAUUUGUCAACCUGCCAGAUUUCACAGUGGAAAGAGCCUCUGAAUGCAAGAAAAAACAUGCAUUUAAGAUCAACCACCCAGAGAUCAAAACCUUCUACUUUGCGGCAGAGAAUUUACAGGAAAUGAACAUGUGGUUAAGCAAACUUGGAUUUGCAGUAAUCCACCAGGAGUCCACUACAAAGGACGAAGAAUGUUACAGUGAGAGUGAGCAGGAAGAUCCUGAAAUAGCCUCGGAGACGCCACCCCCUCCGUAUGCUUCCGCAACUUCCUCUCCUGUGGUACGUGUCGAUGUUGCACGGCGGGCAUCGUCUUCUUCACCUAAAUUGAGAGGAUCCUCAUGCUCUUUCUCCUCUCUGGAGACUACAGGAAAGGUACCCAGCCGGGUUUCUUCCUCGGGAUCUAAAGAAAGACAGUCCUGGCUCGACAUAGUCAACAACGCGCCUGCUGCUGAAGAUGCGGGGCAUCCCCUGACACUCACUGUACAGGUCCACACAUCUUCCGAGGCAAGCAAUUGCCUGGCCUCAGAGAACAGCUCCGUCACUGCAGAAAGUGGUUUUUUGAACUCUUUAUCUAGUGACGACACUUCUUCCUUGAGCAACAAUCAAAACCAUCUGACAGUUCCAGACAGAGCUGCUGGCUCAAGAAUGGUGGACAGAGAAGAAACAAAAGUAUCCGAAGAUGAUGAGAUGGAGAAACUCUAUAAAUCGUUGGAGCAAGCAAGCCUAUCUCCUCUCGGGGACCGAAGGCCUUCAACCAAGAAGGAACUGAGAAAGUCUUUUGUCAAGCGGUGCAAAAACCCAUCCGUAAAUGAGAAACUCCACAAGAUCAGAACCUUGAAUAGCACAUUAAAGUGCAAAGAACAUGAUCUGGCCAUGAUUAACCAACUGCUGGAUGAUCCGAAGCUGACAGCCAGGAAGUACAGGGAGUGGAAGGUCAUGAACACACUGCUGAUCCAGGACAUCUAUCAGCAGCAGCAGGUACCUCAGGACCCUGAAGACACCUCCCAGGAACUCAAGAACCCCAGCUCUUCUGACUGUGUUGAAAAGUCUCUUUGAGCAGAAGCCAGGACUGCUUCCUUUCUUGUUCCUGUGCUAUUCUCCAAGACGCUGCCAGGGCAGACAUUUUGCUUACAAGGAAACCCCAAACCCAGCUCCUGAGGCAUCCUCCCUUUCUUCGGAGGAUGCGACCAGGGUGAAGCCAGUUCUGAUGCAGUGGGAGACCUGGCUUCCGUGUGUUGCAUCCAUCGAUACUGGAGUUAUGGAGUUCAUCUGAGCAGGCGUAUCUUCUGUGCUCCUUCUGGGAGCUGCUAGGAAUGCUAGGCUCUAGGGGAGAUGUGGAAGGGGUAACCCCUCUUUUGCUUUCAAGAGAAUUGCAACCUAACAUAGAUAAGAGGCCCAAUUUUACUAUGGAUAAUAACUCAUUGGGACAUUCUGUUUACAAAGAAGCUUGGAGGACUGCCUUUGGUGGGCAGCAGAGUUUGAGUAGAGGGGUCUCUUCCACAGUAGCUGCUGGAACUGGACAUGUGUUGGCAUUUGUGGAACACAAGACUCUUCUUACCUUUGGUACAGAGAGCAGUGCCUUUUGGAUUUGUUGAGUGCUUAUUUGAAGAGUAUGGCCUGGUGGGGUGGAGAGUGGGGAGCCCACGGAGGAGGCAAGCUUUCUGUUCCACUCAGAGGACAAUUUCAAAUGUUCAUAUGCUUUGCCUAGGGUGUGUGUGGGGGAUCUGAUUAAAGUGUCCCUUCCUUCCAAAGUCUAGGAGACAGACCAUCACAAGACAGUUGGAGACCUUUGUCCUCCACCCCCAGAUUCUCAGAACAGUGGUAGGAGAUUGUAAUACCCACUGCCAGGAAUGUUAUACUGUGUUCAUACCAGGCUGUGGUAUGAAUUUCUAUCCAGCUUUCCUGGGAUCCAAAUUCACAAGGUUAUUUCUGAAUUGUCCUGAACUUGGAAAAAAACCUAGACCCACAAAACAACAAGAAGACAGUUAAGCAGGAUUGCUUUAUUUUUGUAAGUUUGUGUGUCAUAUAGUGUGAGAUGUGAAUAGCUAUCUAUGUUUCUUAUUUAAAUAUAUUUAUAGAAGUGCAAGUCAUAGUGUUUUAAAAGACUACUAUUAUGUGUUGUUCAAUAUAUAUAUAUAUAUAUAUAUUCUAGAAGCAUAUCAUUUUUGCUUGAGAAAAAUAGGCAUACUAGUGACUUACUGAAGUUGUGUUGCACUAUGAUUCGUGAGGAAUGCUCAGGAAAUCUCAUGAGAAAACUAUGGGAGCAUGUAUUGAUAUUCAUUUCUGAAUAAUGAAUAUCAUUUUUCUGAAUGCUUUCUUUCUAUUAUUGUCCCCCAGCCAGCUCCAGAGCUCUUAAAUUUCAAUGUUUCUUGCACAUCAUUUUCUUAACUUGCACCUUAGACUAGCUUGUCUCCUCAUAAAGUUCAGGGUUUAUGACAUUUAUGCCGUACAUUGUAGACCCAAAGGAACAUAUCUCAUGAAAUCUUGACCCAAAUGAAAUAUAAGCAAUACAAUUCCCAACUAAAUAUUAAUCAAAAUUAAGGUUUGUUGUUAAAGAAAUCCCAUGGAGAAACAAUAUAUUAGUCACAAUGACAUCUUCUCUUCAUAAAAAUAACCAUUAUUUGAGUCCAGAUAUAAAAUAAAUAAAUAAAUUACAUAACAUAACCACAGUUCACUAAGAACCCUUCCUAGUCUCACCUGCCCUUUGCAAAUUGUUGACUAACAUAUUCCUAUCAUAGCAUCAAAUAUGGCUUGACAGAUUCAAGUAGAAGUAGUCACCCAAUCUAUAUCUACAAAUUAAAUGUAGAGAAUCAUUUCAUAUUUCCCUGUAUAUUAUCAAGACUUUUUGUACACCAGAAUGAAAAAAUAAUCCUUGCCUCAAGGAAGGAAAAGUUAAUCAAGAAGCAAAGAAGAACUAGAAGAUUCACUAAGUUGUGAGAUAAAGUCUCAGGAUGAGAUGGAAAAGGACACCCUGGGUCUUCCACACGGAUAAUAUACCGAGAGGCUAAUGCCUCAACCUCAGGACAUCACUGUUGAUUCUUCCUGUGGCUAGCAGCUGUUAGGAGGGCAGUACUUUGGGACUCACAGUGUAAGGAAUUAUCGAAGAAAAGCGAAUUAACAAUGGAGCAAAUGUUAACCUGGGAAAAGUAUUCAUCCACGUCUUCUAUUCACAAUAUGAAUCUACACACUUCCAUCCACCCCUGACCCUCCCCUCAAGUUGAAGCUCCAAACACUUUUUAUCAGGACUGAUUGCUAUUUUAAAUGCUUUACUUUGGCUUCUCAUUUAACUGACCUUUGCAUGCAAAUUCCUUUAAUAACACUUAGAUCUAAAGGCAAAAUUAGUCCAUGAAAUCCCUUGACCAAUCUGUAGGGUUAUUUUUCAAAGUAACUUCAAAAAGGCCAAAGGAGAAAUUUCUGCUUUGAUAGUUGACCCUGACCUGUAGAUUGUUCCCCAGUCACUCUCCCUUGUGCCCUGGGCUCCCAGACAUGAAUCAACCACUCUCUGUUUCUAAUUUUGUAAAUAAAUACCUUUUCACUUUGUGCUGGGUUCAGUUAGGAAGUAGGGAUAUGUGCUCCUGUGGGUAUGCAGUCUCAGCUGUGAUCACUAGAGGAGGGUGAGGACGGGGGGGGGGGGGGAGUAGAAGAGCCAUGAAUGACGCUUCUAGAGCCCCCCAGUGCAGAAGAAACCAUGAUGAGCUCUCCCUUGGUCUCAAAUCUCUUCUCUGGUUCAAGAGAUUUGGGAAAAGCAGAUCUCCUUUAGUUCAUUGAUGGGAAAUGGAUUAUAGAUAGUUAAUGGGGCCCCAGAGGAGGCUGUUGGCCUGUGUCCGUGGAAGGUACCAGAACCACGGCUGCUCAGGACCCCAGUGAUGGAUCUUCGAGCACAAGUCUUUCCAAACCUGUGGCACUAGUUAGGGGUUAAGUUUCUCCAGAGGAGGAGGAUUUUUCUCAGUCCUUUUCUGAAGAUCCAGGCAAGAGGUUGUUAACAUACAUGGAUCCCAUAUUUUUCCAGCGUUUGGAGGAUGCCCGUAGUUCUUAGUUUGGCCAGUAGCUUUAAUCUGAAACUGGAAUCAGAGUCCCAGAAAGAUUCCAGAGCAAACAAUUGCUAGGAUUCCGACGAGCUGGUUGAGAGAGAGGUCAGGUUCAGAGUCAGAUUCAGUUUGAAUUCAAGCCUUAAGUUUACAUAGCAUUUUGUGGUUUGUAAAUUGUGUGAUCCAGACCCCCUUCCCUGCAUCCUACCAACCCAUAGGCUCAUCAGGAUGACUGUGAACUGUGGGUAGAGUGAAAUGCCUGGCUCAAAGCCUCAAGUGGUACAGCCAGACUCUGAGUUUGACUUCUGGCUCUGUCAGCCUUCACUGUUGAGGAAAUCAUUGUCAGAGCACAGCCUGCUGGGGAACAAGAGGUCUGAUGAGGCUCCUGUGUCCUUCACAACAGGCUUGGCAUACCUGGCUGUGAUGGCAAUGGCUUUUGCUGAAUCCCUAGGGACUCUGCUGUGAGCACUCCCUCUCAAAAGGUCCUGUUGCCUUGCCUCUGUGUUCUCCAAGGAUUGGGAGUGACCUGACGGUUGUGUUUCUUUUCUUCCCAUCAACACUAGGUUACUACUGUGAGAACUUUAGAGCCGGAGGGAAGAGGAAUCUUUAAAGAGAUAAAAAGGGCUUGUUUUUAAAAAUUUUUUAUUUACCUUUUCCUUUUGAGCCCAAUUGUGUCAGCUAUCAAAGAGUUAGUGUUUAGGAGUGUGUCCCCUGUUUUCAGUUCUCACUUUCUCCUCAGCUCUUGUAUUAUAGGGAAGCUUGUUUCCUCAGGGAGUCUUCAGGUCAUAUUGUCACAGAGAUGAAACAAAUUAAAGGAAAAAUAUUUUUUAAGUCUUUUGAGGAGAGGCACUCUACCAGUGAAAGCCAUAGUUAAUUUUAUGGACACAGACUUCUUUGUAAAAAAAUAAAGAAAAUAUUUUGAUAUAGCAAUACAAAAAAUUUAGGCACAGAGGGUGGCUGUCCAAAUGUCACAUUAUAUUGAAGAGCUGCUGUGUCCAAAUGCAGUUUUAGAAUGUAUUUUUAUUUCCGGCUAACAGAAUGGAAUAUAUGAAGGAAAUUUCCAAUUUAUUUCCCCUCAAACACUUCUGUAUAUUCACCCCCAAGAGAAAUUCAGUCCUAGAUAUAUGGACUGGCUACCUGCCUAAGGGUUUGUGACACAUAACAGUAAAAGCCCCUUAUACUAGAUUUUUUUUUUUUUUAGUCUCUGUGAAAUGGGUGGGGGAGGGAAUUCACAGAAAGCCAGGCCACACAAGGUCAUGUGGUAGAGCACAUUAAAAUGGAUUUUGCAUUUAAAAAAGAUUUCCAUAUCUCUCAUUGUGAAGAUACAUAAUUGCUCUGUGCUGUUGUCUCUUUAGCUUUAGUCCAAAGGGAAGCAUGCCCCGUGGAGACAUUUAACAUCCUCUAAUAAAAACCAUGGUUGAGGUUUCCACAUAUGUUCUGAUGUUUGCAUGGUGGGGAUGGGGUUCAACAGUGCAUGGUUCUGGGGCCAGAUGUUGAUGUGGGAUUGCUAUCUUAACUGUUAUUGUGCUUUUGGUCCUUGUCGUCAAUCUGUUUCGACUAAACUAAAAACACAGGCAUGCCUCAUUUCUCCUGUCCCCGGCUCCCGGGAUAACUUGUAAGAUAACGAUAAAAGCAAACCGUCUAGUAAAAUGGUAUGGAUCA